UCAAACACCAGAGCUGCUGCUGACUGAACACUCCCACAAAACUGUAUGUAUAAAAAGAGAAACGACUCUUCAUUACUUUUAUCAAAAGAGAAGUUCAUCUAAGGAACUUUGAAGAGUGAAAAUGGUGAAAUAUGAAGUGACCGUAUCCACUGGCAAUCUCGUUGGUGCCACCACUUUUAACAAUAUCUUCAUUAAGCUGGUGGGCACAGAUGGGAGAGUGAACGCAAGUGGCUCAAGAGCAUCAAAGGGGCUGCAUCCUUCAUAAUGGGAACAGUGUCUAGUUUUACUGUGUCCUGCCCGCUCUCCAUUGGACAGCUGGUUCUGAUUGAACUAGACAAACAGCCUCUCCCAUUGUUCCCUGAAGACUCCUGGUUCUCUACCAAAGUGGUAGUGAAAUCUCCUGAGGGAUUCACCUACAACUUUCCCAUCUACCGCUGGAUCACUGACGGAGAGGUGCACCGCUUCAGAGAGGGAACAGCUCUGACAGUCUUUGUAGACAACCAUCAUCUUGGCAGGUACAGUCGGCAGCAGGAGCUGAAGCAGCGAGAGCACGACUAUCGCUGGGAUGUUUAUGUAGAGGGAAUACCUCACUGCAUAAAGGCAGAAAACCCUCUUUCUCUGCCCUGUGAGGUCCGCUUCUCCUUCACCAAGACUACAGAGUUUCUCUACACCGCAUCCACAGGGCUGACUGAGCUGCAACUGAAGGGACUGGCUAAUUCGAAGAAGAACUGGACUAAUCUUGAAGAUUUACGUCGGGUGUUCUGCUUCAAACAGACUGACAUAUCAGACUAUGUCCAGGAACACUGGAAGGACGAUGAUUUUUUUGGCUACCAGUUCCUAAAUGGUACCAACCCCCUGCUGAUCCGACGUUGUGCAACUCUGCCCAGUAACUUUCCUGUCACUGAUAAAAUGGUCUUCCUCCGUAGUCAGUGUAACUUGGCAGAUGAAAUGAAGAAAGGCAACAUAUUCCUGUGUGACUUCAAGCGUUUGGAUGGGGUGACAGCAAACACCAUCAAUGGGAAGAAGCAGUACUUGAUGGCUCCACUCGUGCUUUUCCACAAGACACCUGAUGAUAAGCUGAUGCCCAUUGCUAUUCAGGUAAGAUUAGAACUCAAAGAUAGCUGAUAGUAAAGCUGUAAG